UAUCCUAGAUUUAGAAGAAGACAUACACACACUCGGUGGUGGGGAAUGGAGAGCGGAUUGAUAUCGGUGGAUCGGUGGAAGAGAGGUAGCGAAGCAUACUUCCUGACUCACAUGCACUCGGACAACACGAGAGGCCUCUGCUCCAAAUGGUCCAAUGGCCCUCUCUUCUGCUCUCCCACCACUGCUUCUCUUUUUCCCUCUCGGUUUCCCGCCUUCGAUCUCUCCUUGAUCCGCGUCGUCACUCUCUCCUCUUGGAUCUCCCUUUCCCUCCGAACUCCUGCGUCCGGCGACGCCUUCACCUUCCACUUCAUGGCCAUUGAUGCUCACCACUGUCCUGGUUCUGUGAUGUUCCUGUUUCGGGGGGAUUUCGGAUGCUUUCUCUACACGGGAGACUUCCGCUGGGACUCGGAGUGUGAUGAUGCCAAGGCCACCCUCGCCGAUGCUAUCAACCACUUUCCCGUCGACGUUCUUUACUUGGAUAACACUUACUGCAAUCCGAUCUACAAUUUCCCUUCCCGUCAUUUGAUUGCCCCUCUGGUUGCUGAUAUAAUCGCCUCGCAUCCUUCCCAUGAUAUCAUCAUUGGAGUCGAUUCUCUAGGCAAAGAAGAAUUGCUCGUUCGCAUUUCACGCAUUCUGAAUACCAAGAUUUGGGUUUGGCCAGAGCGUCUUCACACCAUGCAUCUUCUUGGAUUCAAAGACAUAUUCACAACUGACACCACUCUGACCAGAGUACGGGCUGUUCCUCGUCAGAGUUUUAGCAUUCAGACCCUUGUGGAGCUAAAUACGAUGUGUCCAACUAUUGGCAUCAUGCCAUCUGGCCUCCCAUGGGUGAAGAGAACCUAUGGAGGAGAUGCAAAUCUGUCUGGUUCUCUUAUAACGGCUAGUUAUAAUGCAAGAAAGAAUACAAAUGGCCCCAGGAAAAAAAAUUUGCAGACGGUGCAUAAAUUCCACGAUUACAUGUAUUCAGUCCAGUACUCUGAUCAUUCAUGCUUUGAGGAGAUCGGGGAUUUCAUAAAACUUGUCCAGCCAAAGAGUAUGAAAGGAAUCGUGGCUUCAUCAUCUUGCUACGUUGAUCCUCUGUACUAUUUUGGUCGUAUCUGUGGAACUAGCCAGCCUCCAGAGUUGUUGCUAAUGAGGCCUCAGCAACGCAGAGGAAACAAAGCAAUUCCGAGCUGUUAGGAUAAAGUCGUGAUUAGAUCGGGCAGAUUGAAACGAAUUCAAAAGGGUCAUUCGGCUUUUAAGAGAAACAGGGGAAGGAGGACAGGUGGACGGUUGAAGUGUGCAAAAUUUUCUCUCUGACCUCAUUCUGGUGGAUUGGAAGUGUACCGGUCUCGGUGAUACUUUCAACAUGUCAAUAUCGCACAGGCGGAAAUGUGUUGGGGGUUUUCACCAAAACGAAAAUUCAAAUGAUACAAACACAUAUGCUAUGGUUGGUUCUUUUAUUUUCUUGGUUUUCCGAGAGUUCAAAUAGAUUCUUCAAAACUAUCUAAA